AUGUAUUAUCGUUAUACAUUACGACGUCGUCUGAUAAUAAUUUUUUUAAUAUUAAUCAGUAUUUUCUUUCUAUUCACAAUUAUAACAACUAAAGAAAAUUAUUCUUUUCCAUUAAAAAUUAUUGAUCGAACAAUAAUACUUAUUCGUACUUCAUCUCGUUGUCAAUCACGUUUAGAUUAUCUUCAUCAAAGCUGGUUAUCAUCAAAUCUCGCUAAACAAUCAAAUAUUUAUUUAUUAACUGAUAAAAUACGAAAUUAUUCAAAUUUAAAUUUAUUUAAAAAUAUUAUUGAAACAAAUUGUACUGAAACACAUAAUAUAUUUGAUUUAUGUUGUAAAACUUCACAUGAAUUUGAAUUAUUUUAUAAUUUAACUGAAAGAAAUUUAAAUCUUGAUUGGAUGUGUCGUUUUGAUGAUGAUCAAUAUGUUAAUCUGAAUAAUUUAUAUAAAUUUUUAUCUCAAAUUGAUUCAUCUAAACCAUAUUAUAUUGGUAGAACAAGUAUAAAUAAACGUUUGAAAAUUCCUAAACAUAAUCGAACGUAUACAUUUGCAACUUAUGGUGCUGGUGUAUGUUUUUCUCGUGUAUUACUUGAAAAACUUCGUCCAUAUGUUAACAAAACUAUUUUACCAAUUAAUUGUGUUAAACAUCAUUCACCUGAUGAUGUUUAUAUAGGUUAUUUAAUUGAAUUUAUUUUAAAUAUAUCAUUAACAUCAUUAAAAGAACUUUUUCAUUCACAUUUAGAAAAACUUGAUAUAUCAUUUCGUUCUUUUAAUAUAGACUAUUUACAAAAUGCAAUUACAUUUGGUUUUGCUUGGGAUCGUUAUAAACUUUCAUGGUUACCAAUAAUUCACCAAUUGAUAGAAUUAAUUCGUAAAGGAGAAAUAAACUCAGCUAAACUUUUAUGGGCAUUCUUACAGAAUUAUGAAAAAGAACAUCCAGAAAAUUUAAAAAAUCAAUCUGAUCAAUCAUGUUUAGUACGUCAUAUAAAACAAAAACAAUAG